AUGGGGAGAAGCCCUUUACCCUCUCUUUCCUUCAUCCCCCAUUCAUUCGCCUUCAGCGAUUGUUUGAGAAGAAAACGCUUGUUUGUUUCUCCUUCGUUCCCCCUCUCCCUCGCUUGUAGAGAGGGCUUCAGCGAGUUUGUUUGAGGGAGAGAUGAUGGCGAAGAAAACGAUGGUGGAGGAGGAGGGGAGGAAGACGGAGGGGGAUCAGGGAGAGGAGGGUGGGGGGGAUGGGGGAAGCGGUGUGAGGACGGCGGAGACGAUGCUGAGGGUGGUGCCCAUGGGGCUGUGCCUGGCGGCGCUGGUGCUCAUGCUCAAGAAUGCUCAGGUCAACGAUUUCGGCUCCGUCUCCUAUGCCGACCUCACCCCCUUCAGGUAUCUGGUUUAUGCCAAUGGCUUCUGUGCCGGCUACUCUCUGUUAUCCGCCUCCUGCACGGCCCUGCCACGACCGAACACCUUGUCUCGCUCAUGGCUCCUAUUCUUCUUUGAUCAGGUGUUCACGUAUGUGAUCCUCGCCGCCGGCACGGUGUCGGCAGAGCUGAUGUACCUGGCUUACAAUGGCGACGAGGCGGUGACAUGGAGCAAGGAGUGCGGCGUCUUCGACAGCUUCUGCCAGAGGGCGACGGCUUCCAUCGGCAUCACCUUCGGUGCGGUAGCCUGCUACGCUCUGCUCUCCCUGCUCUCCUCCUAUCGUCUCUUCAGCACCUACGAAGCCCCCCUCCCCUUCGUCGGCAAAACUGGCCUCGAGAUCGCCGCCUUCCCCCGCUGACGUCAUACACCUCCUCUCUCCUCUUGGCAACAUGACAUGUGAGCAGAUGAUGCCAGGAUAUUGUGUGUGUGUGUCUGUCUGUGUGUGUGUGUGUUUGGGGAAAUUAAGACUCAAGUCGCAGCACAAGGAUGCGGUGCUUUUGGAUGAUUCCAACCAUGCACAACGAGGAGGGACUCUUGCUUCCUAAAUAAAGUUGGAUUGUCACUCUUGUAGCUAUUGCUUUGUAUUCCUAUAUAUAAAGUCGUUCAGCUCAGCUGUACCAGUUCUUCGAACGCUA